AUGGCUGAUGGAUAUAGUAGGCGCUGGUCCACUGGGUUUCCAACUUAUCUUAGCACGAAUUUAGAUGGAUAUUGGCUGAUCAAAUGGAGCCAGAGUCCGAGACGCAGCAGACACGCCCGUCUGUCAAGUCAAGUUGCCCAACUGAACUUGACUCCGCCGCCCAGCCUGACAGUCAAAGGCAAGGCUCCAACGCAUCGCCAGAUUUCUGAAUCCCAACCACGCCCGUCUAGCAAGGGAUCAGGCCUCGUGUCCUGGAACCCCGCCCUACAACUGAGUGUUCCUGGAGCCGGAGCAGACCUGCUUGAUCACACAAAGCCGCAGAGUUCUGCGCCAUCGCAUAGUACCGUUGUCAAUGACCUUGGCAAUGCCCAGUAUCUAGCAGAUAAUCAGCCAUCUAGCGAUGUAUUGUUCAGCAACGAUUCUCGAGCGUCGACAACCGACCUGGUCGCCCACCUUGGGGCCGGCCUUACAGAUACGGCCGGUUGCCCUGCGCUUAGGGAAGCUGAUGUUCGUGGUCAAUGCCUGGGCACCCCACAGGAUAAGGCUGAGUGGGACAAUUUGGAAUAUCAGCCUCCGGAAGAAGAUCACUUAGGGAUGUCCAUACGCGCCGCCCUUCGAGAGUCUGCCGCAGGAGGUAAGGAGGAAUACUUGCCUAUUGAUGCCCUAGACAGGAUUGUUACUAGGAGCCGGGUCCGGUGGGAACUUAGCCGCCUUGACGUAAAGGUAGUCCCGCCUGACAAACUAGACUCGUUGACAGACGAUGUCUGGAAAGUAGCGUCGCCGUCGGCUGUUCCGUCGUGUUCGAUGUCGAAAUUUCCGGACAAGGAAACGACAAGGAAGAAGAUCUUUGCAAUCCUAGGUUUGAUGGAGAAAUAUCCGGAAAUUGUAAACUUCAUCCAGGAGGGCCUCCACGACAAUGACCUACCCUUCAUACUCUCGAAUGGGCCAUACCCGGGCUCGCGUCAAUUGGAUAGGAAGGGAAGCGACGGCAAACUACGCCCCAUCCAGCUUUUUAAUAAAUGGAGAUUAUCUGAACGCGAAUCCUUCAACAACUACCAAUGGCAACUUAUUGCCCCUUACUUUCAUCUGAGCACGAAACCAAACCAAAAAGUGCAACAUUACAAUUUUGAAGAACACCGCAUAGUCCUUCCGUAUAUAGAAGACGACGAAGGCAAACGCGGGAACGCGGGCGGUUACGGUGACGUUUGGAGAGUAAAGAUACAUCCUGCCCAUCAUAACGGUUGCGGAGACUCGACCCCUUCUAAAGAUAAUCCGUCUUAUGCCGUCAAACGCCUACGCCUCAAUAACUACGAGGCGUUUGAGGCCGAAGUUUCGAACUUGAAGCGAGUCAGCAAAAAGGACCAUCUACACCUCAUUAAGCUUCUAGUCACGUUCAAAUGGCGCGAGCAAUUCUACCUUCUCUUCCCUUGGGCGGAUGGCAAUUUGCUAGACUUUUGGAAAUUGUACCCUCAGCCGUCUCAUCUUAAACGAGAUCGUAAUAUGGCCGUGUGGUUCUCCGGACAAUGCCUUGGAAUCGUGCAAGGACUAAUGAUGAUUCACACAGCAGAUAGAUCAUCUACGGAUGGCUUAUCUAACUCAUCUGGUCAUCAAAUCCACGGAAGACACGGCGAUCUCAAACCAGAAAACAUCCUCUGGUUUAAGGCAUACCAGGAUACAGAUCUAACCAGCUUGGGAGUGCUGAAAAUUUCUGAUUUCGGCUUAACCCGGUUUCAUAGAACAAGGUCGAAAUCUCACUUCGGACCUGUUGCAGUAUCGCCAACUUACCGGCCCCCAGAAUACGACGUUGCCAAGAUGGUCUCACCUAGCUUCGACAUCUGGACUCUGGGCUGUGUUCUUCUCCAGUUCGUCGCUUGGUAUCUUCUUGGGUGGGAGGAAGUUGAUAGGUUUUCCGAGGCGCGAACAGCAGAUGACCGUGGGAAAAUCCCCGAGGACGUCGGGAAAAUCCCUGAGGACGUCUUCUUCAAAUUUGUAAACUUGCAAACGGGCGCAAGAGCCAAGGUUUCCGUCGCCGAUGAAUUUCAGACUCUAUCUGAGCACCAAAAUUGCUAUGAUUUUCUAUUCGAUAUCCUCACGUUCAUAAAGAAGAGGCUUCUUCGCAUGGACCCGAAGAAUAGGGCUGAUUGCAAGGAGAUUGUUGAAAAGUUUAGAGAACUCAACAACUUAUGUUUGGCAGAUCCAGACUAUUGUACGAAGCGAGUAAAAGUGACUCCGACACGGUCUGGAACGGACCUCUCUGAGGUAUCAGAGUCGACUCUCCGCUCGCAAGAGGGGCACUGUCAGAUGCACAGAACCCCCCUUCCCAAGCACACCGACCCGCUAGAGAAUGAUUCCCAGCUGCUUGGGACCCUGCCCCAAAUAAAGGAGAUCACAACUUCUCCAUCGGACCAUAACAGCCCCGAGACACAGAGCCUACAACCCCAAUCACCGGCCAAGAAGGUCCAUUUUGAGGAGCAGCAGCAACAGUUACCGGAACCAGGGGUAUCCGGGCAUGAAGAUGAUAUGGGAAUCGUGCGGGAUGAGCUUCUAGACGACCUAGUUCAGACGGAAAAGCAGAGCGAAGUCAACCGGGGGCAUGUUAUCCAAUCCGAUCCUGGUUCGCCGUCCAUCGUAGAGUCGGUUUCUGCUCCAAACCCACCAGGUCCUCCUGUCUGUAUGAACCACCCCGCAGAUGACGAGGAAAUGGGUAAUACAUUGGUUGACAAUGAUGGCCCCCAUGAGCUCCCGUUAAACGAUCGCAAAUCUUCCAUCCUUCAGACUCGUAACAAUCAUGGCGACGAUAAUAACGACGUUACAAAUCGAGCUAAAAUCACUCAGGGCGACAGCAAUGGGGACGAUUCUCAUGUGGACAACGUUUUCGCAACACUCAAACGGCUAGCGCCAAGAGCAGAACAAAUUAGCGAACCGCCCCUCAAAUAUAGAAAAAAAUCAUUCUCAGGUCAAAGGUUCUGA